AUGGAUCGUCCUCCUCGUGGUCCUGGCUUCAUUUGUGCUCGUCCUGAAGGAAAUUUUACUCCCCUCGUUCCCCUCGACGAGUUCCCGCCCAAUAUCUCUAUCCGAGGUGUUUCUCGUAUCCUUACCCCUGCUCAGACUCAGGGAAUGACGAGCUGUGGCAUGGCCCGCGCUCGUACUGAGCCAUGGGCUUUUGAAGGAGCUUCAACUCUGGCUCCCCCCAGCAAAAAUGAUUUGACCGAGCUGAAGUCGGCUCUUAUCAAAAUGAUUGGCGACAACUCUCUGCCCAAUCAUUACCGUGAUCUGAUUCAGAACAUCAUGAGCCGCUGUCUCAUCAAUGUUCCCUGCGCCCAGGCCACUACUUCAGCUACCCCAGCUGCUGCUGUCCCUGCCAGUGCCAAUAAGUGCACUCCUCUUCCCGGAGAUGAUCGUCGUGCGCCCGUCUCUCGUGAGCAGGAUCGCAUCCCAAACCGUAAGAAGUACUGCUCGUACUGGAUUCGUCACGGAGAAUGUGAUUACCUUCAGCAAGGCUGCAUGUACAAGCAUGAGAUGCCCCUCGAGCCUGGACUCAUUGAAGAGCUUGGCCUCCGUGAUAUCCCGAGAUGGUAUCGUGAGAAGUACAACGUUCCCAGUCUUCUCCACGCAACCUAUCAUCGGCCGCAGGCUCAGCUCGCGAUUGCCGGUCAGCCUCAACAGAAGACCAUUGAAUACAAUGAGCCUUCGGCUUCUUCUGACGAUCGUGGUAACAAUGCUGAGAAUGCCAACCACCGCGUCAACAAUAGCGGCCGGCUCAAGGCUUCUCGUGGUGCUCACAAUGGCAAGGCCCGCGGUAAUGGCCGUAGUCAGAACAGCAACCGCAACGUGAACAGCACUGCCAACGAUAUUCUCAACACCAACGGUAUGAGCCAGAUGCACAAUAUGCCUGCCAACGGCAUGAACCAGAUGCAUGGUGUCACUGUUAGCGGCAUGGGUCAGAUGCACAAUGUGCCUCGCAAGAUGACUCCUGAUGACAGCACUAGCCCCGGCAGUGGCAUCAGCAUUGCCAGCCAAACCAGUUCCAUGAAGACUGGCCCACCCCUCGACCUUCAGAGCACUACAGCGAAUAGUGUGUCUCGUGCCCCGACUGUUGUGCCUAUUACCUCAGUCGCGCCUCCCAACCAAUUCGGGGCUGCGCCCGUUGGCUUCCAUGCCAAUCAUGUCCCGCGCUUUGCGCAAAACGAAGGCAUGCUCCAUGGGGCUUCAUUCUCGGGCCGCCGUCUGGCCAAUCCCGUGAUUGACUGUCUGGAAGACGACACUUCCAGCGGCUCGGCUAGAAACUUCAAAUCCCCUAGGGCUCCUGACUUUUACUGUCGUCAAAAUUCUCGUCGCUUGUAUGAUUUCGGCUGUGACGGAGAUGUGAAGAAGGAGUCUGGCGCAAGCCCCGAGCCUCUCACUCCGAUCGAGGAGAUUGUCGAGCCUGAAAAUGUUGAGCUCGAUGUCAUUGAGCCCCAGCAUUUCAAGUCCGGCCUUUUCGACUCCGAGCUGUUCAAAUCCGAUGGCCAUACUGUUCCGAUCCUUUCCACCAUGGGUGCUCUUCUGAAGAAGCUCCUCUCGGAGUCCGAGGAAAUUGAUCCGCAUCGGGUUCUCUUUAAUUUUGGACCCAUUGGCGAGGAUGUUAAGCUGCCUCCACAGAUCCAGUGCCCCAAGAUGGGCACACUUAUCGACAUCGACACCAAGGAUGUCACUCCGGCUCCGGCUGCUCUGCCUGCCAUGUACACAUUUGGCCAAAAUUUCAUGUACGGCCAUGUCAACAAGUAA